CUCAACGAUCAUGAUUCACUCUCUUUCAUCUCAACGAUCAUAAUUCACUCUCUUUCCUUUCUCAUUUCUCUAUCACAUUCCUCUCUUCCCUCCAAUUCCGAACCCAUUUCCCGCAUAUUUUGUUCUAGAUCUGCUGAGCGGCGGCCGGACUGUGACGACUGAUGGCGGCUCUGCCAUCCUCUUCCGCUCUACCGGAUUCUUGUUCCUCCAGGCACCACACUUACAGUAGGAAGCAGAAAUCCCUUGGUCUUUUAUGCUCAAAUUUUUUGAGCUUGUAUAACCACGAUGGAGUCCAUUCGAUUGGGCUUGAUGAUGCCGCAUCGCGAUUAGGUGUGGAAAGGCGGCGGAUCUACGAUAUCGUGAAUGUCUUGGAAAGCGUCGGGGUUCUCUCGAGAAAGGCGAAGAAUCAGUACAGCUGGAAUGGGUUUGGGGCAAUCCCUAAGGCCUUACAAGAUCUUAAAGAAGAGGGCUUGAAGGAGAAUUGUAGUGCAUCUGAUUGCAACGAUUAUGCAAAAGUCUCGGAUGAUGAAGACGACGAUGAAAGAUUUUCCAAUCCGACUGGAAGCCAGAACUCAACUGCAGCCGUGCCGAAAUCAUCUUCAUCAUCGCUGAAAGCCGUAUCUGCAGACAAUAGAAGGGAAAAGUCAUUGGCUCUCCUGACGCAAAAUUUUGUUAAGCUAUUUAUUUGCAGUCAUGUGAAUAUGAUUUCCCUUGAUGAAGCAGCAAAACUCUUAUUAGGAGAUGGUCACAAUUCAUCAAUAAUGAGAACAAAGGUAAGGAGGCUAUAUGACAUUGCGAAUGUGCUGUCUUCUAUGAAUCUAAUUGAAAAGACCCAUACAGCUGACACAAGAAAGCCUGCGUUUAGGUGGUUGGGGGUGAGGGGUAAGGUCAAGAGUGAGCCUACCGUUCUUCCAGAGUCCAGAAAAAGGGCAUUUGGAACUGACGUAACAAAUGUCAGUUAUAAGAAGACUAAGGCCGAAAGUUCUGCCUAUCAGGGUUUAAAUCAUUGUCUCAAUGUGCAAAAGCUAGUGCAGUGCGAGAAUUCUUCGCAAGAGGAUAGCCAGAACAGUCAGGAUCAGGAAUGUGAACGAACUUCCAAGAGCUAUCAGUUUGGACCGUUUUCUCCAGUAACAGUAGCUAAGGUCAGUGUCUCAGAUAAUAACAAUGUGAAGCGGACUCAUGACUGGGAAAGCCUCUCCUCAACAUUCCGCCCUCAGUAUCACAACCAAGCACUUCCACCGGUUUACAACUUUCAAUUAUUCUUCAGCACGCUUCUCAUGUUUGAUAUUGUAACCUUUAUUGCCUUAAAAGAACUUUUCUCCCAUUACGUGGAAGCAUGGAAAUCAUGGUAUUCUGAAGCAGUGAAGAAACCUAUACAAAUAUCUUGAUGCGCUUUGUUUCGUGCUAGAAAUAUUUAAUAAGCUUACCUUGAUUGAGCACUGUUUCUACUGCAAUUAGUCAGGAAAAAAAAAAGUUUGACCUUGGUUGCAUUUCCUUAGUGCACCAACGUAGGAAGGGGUCAUCUUUGAAGUGCCAAACAUUUCCAAUAGCUUCUUGUCUGUUUGUAUUUAUCCUGAAAACAAGUCUAACAUAGUUGUUAGUUAUUAUUAUUUUAUUGUAGCUAUGUCCUUUCCCCUACAGUGUUCAAUGAAAUGGGCACUUUUGGCCUUCGUUGAAAAGUGGUUUCCCAUUGGAACUAAAAUGUAUACAUAUUGGAGUUUUGGUCUGGAAAUCUUAUUCUCUUGCUUGACUGUCGACAUCA